AUAUGGUUUCCAUCACAACUGAAAACGUUACACAGCUUUACAACAUCAUGGCCACCCAGGAGCUCACAGUCAGUCCAGCAGUUUUCCACAAUAAUUCAGUAGUGCAUCAGCUGAAUCAACAUAAAUGUAUUAAUUUUGAUGUAUGGAAAUGGCUACAGGAUUUUCAGCCCGGAUUCCUCUGGUUUAUAUUUAUUCUGGGAGCAAUAGAAAAUUCCUUUGUCCUCACAGUCCUGUGUUUCCACAAGAGCCGCUGCACAGUAGCUGAAAUUUACCUAGCAAACAUGGCACUUGCUGACCUAAUGUUAGUCUGCGCUUUGCCUUUCUGGGCCAUUAAUAUUUCUAAUGGGUUUCAAUGGCCCUUUGGCCUGUUCCUCUGUAAAGCUGUCAACAUAAUGAGUCACAUGAACCUGUAUUCUAGCAUUUAUUUCCUGACACUAGUGAGCAUCGACCGCUACCUGGCCUUGGUGAAAACCAUGUCUCUUGGACGGAUGCGACGAACUGUCUGUGCCAAAUGGAACAGCUUUGUAGUCUGGACAUGUGCUUUGCUCAUGUGUUCUCCUACAAUGGCGUUCCGAAAUUUACAGUAUUAUAAAGAAUACAACAUCACAGCCUGCGCUCUUCUUUAUCCAGCCAGCUACUGGGAGCCUGCAAACAACUGCUUGCUGAAUAUUGUGGGCUUUGUGAUCCCACUCUGUAUAAUUACCUAUUGCAGUGUGCAAAUCAUCAAAGCCUUACGAAGCAGUGAGCUACAAAAACUGAAGUUAGUCCAGACAGAAAGGAAAGCCACCAUGCUGGUCCUUGCUGUGCUUUUGCUGUUCAUCAUUUGCUGGCUUCCAUUCCAGAUCAGCACGUUCAUCGACACAAUCCGUUACCUUGCACCCACUUUCAAAUGCCUGGAAGAUAUCAAUGACAUAGUGACCCAGGUAGCUGCAUACUCUGCCUUUAGCAACAGCUGCCUGAACCCAGUCCUGUAUGUAAUUGUCGGGAAGCACUUCCAGAAGAAGGCUGUGGAAUUCUGCAAGGAUUUGUUCCCAAAGAGGUGCAGAAAAUCACAGUCUGUGCAGAUGGAAAACUCCCUGGACACUUUAAGAACUUCUAUUUCAAGUGAAUGCCCAAGGAAAAAGUCUGUUUUCCCAUUACCACGAUAG